AUGAGGAGAAUGUUGAAAGAGAGCAAACACAGAGGACAGGAGUUCGAGGUGAGUAUCCGAUGUCCGGACAUUCCGUCUGGCGCAACUGAGGAUCCGAGUGGUGGGGAGAAAGCUGGUUCAGACCCAAAGGUUCACAGGCAUCUCAAUAUCGAGGACCACACGAUCAAGCAGGUUGGUCGGCUGACUGCCGGAACCAAUGAGACGUCGGAGAAGGAAAUGAUUAAUCAAGACAGUUCGAGCAGAGAAGUCCUCCCAGAGCAUGUUGGGCAGCGUGGCAAGAUUGAAUGGUACGAAGUCAAAGCUAAUACACAUUGUUGGGGCCAUGAUAAAAUGGUGAGGUGGGAUUCCAGGGUUUUGGGGAGGUCGGAAAUGGAAGUUUAUUUCGCCGCAUGGGUCCAUUCACUUUCCAAGGUUAACUGGGCGGAGGUACACCAAUCAGAGACAGUCUAUCACGUGAUAUUUUGUUCCCCGCAGAGAGGCCUGGGCAUACAAUCCCAAGACUCCUAUUCACCUAAUUCAAAUAUUCGCAAGGUAGAUCGGGUCGCAGAUUGGGAAUGCGCUCAGUCGAUUUCCACCUCCCAGACAUGUGACUUCAGCAACAUCCACAGCUCUACCAUACAAGCCUUCCCUGACCAACUAAUGGAUAUCACAAGCGAAGUGGCCACCCAAACCGGCAUGCCGCCUCAAAACGCAACAAAAAUCCGAAUCUUACACCGGAUAUAUCUCGCCAACUAUUUAAUAAAUUAUAACACUGUGCAAGAUUCUGAUUUUCUUGAGAUGGCCGACUUACUUGUGGAAUACGACCUUAAGGACGAUUUCGCAGCAAGAUUAGCAUCCCCGGAUAGUAAUAAGCACUGGUUUCACAUUUAUUUCUCCAUCCUCUGUGGUUCCACUCCCCGACUUGUCUUACGGAAUUGUAGAGCCACGGUAGAAUGCGAACUUGGAGCAAUCCAUAUGGAAGACUGCUUGAAUUUAGUCGAUCUGCCCUGCUACAGAUAUCGCAAGAAUUCAAAGAGCCCAAGGUCAACCAAAGGGCAGAGAAAUCAGCUGCAAUACCCCUUCUCGUAA